CUGGGGGCCCGAGACCUGUUUGCUCCGCCUGAGGGCUCGAGACUGUCGCUCCAUCUGGGGGUCCGGCGCCCGCCGCUCCGCCUGAGGGCCCGAGACCUGUAGCUCCGCCUGGGGGUCCAGGCGUCCCGGCGCCCGCCGCUCCGCAUGGGGGGCCCGAGACCUGUCGCCCCGCCCGGGGGGUCCGGUGCCUGUCGCCCCGCCCGGGGGUCGGUGCCUGUCGCCCCGCCCGGGGGUCCGGUGCCUAUCGCCCCGCCCGGGGGCCCGGUGCCUGUCGCCCCGCCCGGGGGCCCGGUGCCUAUCGCCCCGCCCGGGGACCCG